UUGCGCUUUGCCUCACCGCUCACCGGCGGCUCACACCAGCCGCCGCACGCCGUCGCAGCGUACGGCCUCCAAGCCCACCGCCGCCCACUCAUCGCCUCCUCUUCGUCCAUGGCGGCUUCACUGCGAGGCGGCCUGGUGGUGCCGCUCCCGCCUCCGCUCGCUUCCCCGCGCCGCCUCGCCCCGUCCCCGAGGAGGCGCCGCCGCCGCCUCCCCAGGGUCCGCGCGGCUGCGGCGGAGCCCGUCGAGGUGGUGGGCGUCGGGAGCCGGAAGGACGCCGUCAUCGACUUCUGCCUCGGCUCCCGCACCCUCUCCUCCACCCCGAUCCGCUUCUGGACAGUACAUGUGGAUAAUUCUGAAGUGCAAUUCAUACCGAGAGUUCAGGAUACAGAGACAGCAGUUGGAGACUUGGAACGUCCCUUAUCUCUUCAUCCUUGCCCGUCGGCGGUUAUUAUUGUUGCAAGUGCCGGACAGGAGGCUGAUCAAAUUGCUGCGCUGGAGCUUCUAAGUGCUACCAAAUCCGCCGAUAAUCUGGCUGCAUCAAUAUUUUUGAAGCCCUUUUGUUUUGAGGGACAAAGACGGCAAUUGGAGGCAUCUGAUUUGAUUGUUAAAUUUCAAGCAUGCUCGAAUUUUCACAUUGUUAUUGAAGCUGAUUCACUGCUUGAGACGGAAGUGGAAACUCUUGCUGAAGCUUUGGAGAGUGCCAAUAAUGCUGUCCUCUCAACUAUUAGUAUGAUAUCCAUCAUGAUGUCGGGAUUUAAUCAAAUGUUCUGGAGCUCCCUUGAUGCACAAAUUAAGGAAGUUGAUCCUGAGGAAGUAGGCAAACUACUCAAAAGCUAUGGGGAAGCUAGGGUUGGAUUUGGUGCUGGUUAUAAUGUCCAAUCAGCUAUUAAACAGGCUGUUCUUCACUGUCCAUUUCUUCGUGGUGGCAUAAAGGACUUGAACAAUGUUGUUUUUCUGUCGCUUACAACUUCUCGGGUAUUGGCCGAGAGUGAUAUGAUCUCCAUUCUACACAUCUUUCGUCGAGUUACUGGGUUCAAUAAGGACAUUAUAUUUUCUAGAAAUUCUGAACCUGAUCUAGAGCCAAAACUCAUAGUAGUUUCUCUUCUAACAAUUCGAAAUGCCCGUGAUGAAAAUGUUGCCUCAGUAAAGGAUGGAUUUCUUUUGAGCAUGGCUUUGCAUUUUCCUUUUAUAUCAUCUCUUAUGGGAGGAGAUACUCAGGAGCUUAGACAAGCUCGGUUAAAUCACUCAUUCAGCAAAUUGCCUGACAGUGGUUUGAGCUUAGCGGAUCAAGGAUUGCCAGAACAUUUCAGUGUUUCUAAUGAUGCUACUGUUUCUAAUUUAUAUUCUGACAAAAUAGAAAAUAUCAAAUCGGAGAGGGAAUCUGAUAACAAUAAUGGGAGAAUACAUCCAGAGUUUAAAGAAGCUAAUUUAGAGUCUGAUGGAGAAACUAGUAUAGAUGUUGGCAGAGAGGAUCCAAGUUCACAACAGGAGCGUAAUUUCUGGAGCAAUGUCCCUGCCUUUGGUAUUGCACAAUUGUGGGCUAAAGAGCGGACCACAACAGGUAGAGGCAAUAAAAGGAAUGAGCUUGAUUAUAUCACUCUGCCUGUUGGUGUAAAAUCUCUUGAGGUUCAGUAUGAUCAUUCUCCAAAUACACAGCCUGAAACCCGUAAUGCUACCGAUAGCACACCUCUAUCUACUGGGCAUGCUGUCUCUGGCGCCUCACUUUCUGGUGUUGGUUUGGAGAAAGUGAUGGAGAUAUGUAGUUCUGCAGCGGCAUUUCUAAAGGGCAGAAUGGAUAAAUCUCGAAAACGUGGCUCUGCUGCCAGCCGAGCUGCAUCGAUGCUCGAUGCAGAAAGAGAAGCCGAAAAAACAUGGAGCCCAAUAGUUGAAAUACAGUUUGGAGAAGGGACUUACAGAGGGAGAUGCCAAGAAGGUGUCCCUGAAGGAAAGGGACGCUUAACCUACAGUGAUGGUAGCAUCUAUGAUGGACUCUGGAGGUAUGGCAAGAGAUACGGUUUGGGAACGCUUUAUUACAGCAACGGUGAUGUAUUUCAUGGAACAUGGAGGGACGAUCUUAUUCAUGGAAAGGGUUGGUACUAUUUUCACAGUGGCGACCGUUGGUUUGCGAAUUUUUGGAAGGGGAAGGCUAACGGCGAGGGAAGAUUUUAUGCCAAGGAUGGGAGUAUACUCUUUGGCCAUUUUCAAAAUGGAUGGCGUCAUGGAGAGUGCUUGUUGAUAGAUGGGAACGGAUCGAGGUGGCUUGAAGUUUGGGACGAUGGUGUACUUACUGGACGAACUAAAUUGGAAGAAUAGGAUUCUGAUUUCUCUGGACGUCAUUGGCAAUGCCGGCCAUGCUUCAAACGCUGCAAGACACCGUGGUCCCCCGCUGGAAGCUUUGUUGAAUGAUGAAGUGAUUGCACUAAUUUUUCAAAGCUUGUGCGCUGCUUUGAUUGCCGGUUACCCCCUGGAGGUAUGGGAGAGGGUUUCCUUCAUACUUAUGUUGUUCAAAUUGGGGAAGAGCAUCACAAAUUCACAGGCACAAGUGCACCAAACAAGAAGUAGGCCUGCAGAUUCAUUUUCAUUGAUAGCCGCCGUGUGUUGCUUCUCUGAUUAGCUAGGCUCUGUGCAUAGACGAAGAAGCCAUUGUCUCCCACAUUUGUUUCCAACUAGAUCAUUGAAAGCGCGCGUUGCUGCGCCCGUCUAUUUUGGCACUACAAUGUUAGUGAUAGAAUGAAUUAUAUUAGAGGUUUUACUCUAGCAAAAUUAAUACAUGAAUUAUGAUAUAACAUGUGACUUUAAUUAGUAAUUUUUUUGUA